UUGGUGUUUUUUCACAAGACUUCACGUCCUGCACAAUGCCGGCGAUGGCAGCGGUGUGAGUCGGUGGGGGGGGGCAGGAGUUCUGUGGAUCUGUCCUGAGAGUGCAGGAGGGGCUGUCGGCAGUUCCCAGCACGCGCCCCUGGGGUACUCCCAGUGGGGGGGGCUCCGCUCUGCCCUGCGCUCUGGCGCAUUGACCCCGUGUCCUUCCUGCGCCGCCCAGUGCCCGUGCCUGUGCCCAGCAGCUCUAACUGGACUGUUGUUCCCUCAGCAGGGGGAGUGCCAGGACCCGGAUCAUGGGCAGCCCUGCAACCGCUGCGGAGAGCAGUGUCCCGGUUUCCGGAUGCACGGAUGGAGGAAGAUCUGCCUGCACUGUAAGUGUGCCCGGGAGGACCACGCGGUGAGGGCCGUGCCGGGGGACCUGGAGAAGAUGAUGCUGAAGCUGGUGUCCGACUUCCAGCGCCACUCCAUCUCCGACGACGACUCGGGCUGCGCCUCCGAGGAGUACGCCUGGGUGCCCCCUGGGCUCAAGCCCGAGCAGGUCAGAGGGCAGGGGGGCGCACUGGGGAACAGUGGGGUGCGGGGGGGGGGGUACAGGGAGAGGAGGCAUACUGGAGACCGGAGACCUGGGUGCUCUCUCCCUCAGCCACAGUACUGCAACUCCCUGGACGAGGACGAGCAGAGGGAGCUGAGGCUGUUCAGCCAGCAGAGGAAGAGGGAGAAUCUGGGCAGGGGGGUGGUCAGGCUCUUCCCCGUCACCAUGACGGGGGCCAUCUGUCAACAGGACUCCUGCUCCACCUGCUCCUCCUCCUCCGACUCCGAGGAAGAGGGCUUCUUCCUGGGGCAGCCCAUCCCCCUGCCCCCCCAGCUGCGGGACGCCCAGGCCCGCCGCGGCUCCGCGGCCUCCGGGGACCGGGAUCGGGAUCGGGACCGGGAUCGGGACCGGGACCGGGAUCGGGAGGGGGAGGGGGACAGGGGGGGCAGCCUGCGCUCCAGCCUGAGGAGGAGGGGGAGGGCGAACAGCCUGAGCCAGGACAAGGACAAGAGCUGUGUGGUGUCCUAA